AUGGGCAAGUCAAAGAAGAAGUCCGGUGUUCAGGUAUCGACUGAGGUUUCGGGGUUUUCAUGUUUGAUGAAGAAAGUAUUUUCUUUGGUUGAAAUUGAUGAAAGGCAUUAACGCUGUAGGUUGUUGCGGCUCCUGCUGCCAUGCCUCCUCCUAAGUUUGCCAAAAAAGGUUGGUUGGUGAUAAUAGGAUCCAUUUGACCAGUUAGCUUACUGUCUCUUAAACAAAGAUGUUUGCCAGGUAAGAGAGGCGCCGAGGAGCCUACCGAGAUUCCAGUGAACUUGAAGAAGCAGAAGAAGACGGGUGUACUUAAGAAGGAGGAGAAAAAGACGAAGAAGAUCGUACAUAAUCCGCUACCGAAGGAAGACAAUGGUACCUCUGAGGAGACCAUAUCAUCAGAAUCUUCUGAUGGAGUAAGUGUCAGAGGGCUCACUACUCGGUUAUGGAGGUUUUGUUUAUUAAAAAAAAUACCCAUGCUUGUUUUAUUUCAGUUUUUUGAAAAUAUUUGCCAGCUUUGAAUUCGUUUUAUGUUGAUUCAGGAGCUUGGUUCUAAACUUUCUGCAAAGUCGUCUGCUGUUGCUCCUAAGAAUGGUUCAGUGAAGAAGAUGAAGGUAUUUCAUACGAAAGUUCAGUAAUAUGAUCAAGAUGUGGUAUGAUCUGAUGUCAAAUCGUUGUGGGUAUUCUUUUCCACGAUAAUUCCAUAGAACUUCACUUUGCUUUUCGGAGUGUCUUAUAAAACUAGUUUUUAAAGUUUUUGACGAUAACGCUGCAACCUUUAAAUCGUCUCCUUCUGUGUUCCCAUUAAUCAGCGACAGCAUCUCUGACUAUCAUUUCCCGCGUCUUUUUCAUGAUGUUUCUUUCGCUGCACGCCUCUGAAAUAGAGUUGAAAAUGCUUUAAUGUAGCAGCAUUGAUUACCACAGAAAAAUCUAAGAAAAUUUUAAAAUAUCAAGAUUUUUCCGAGGCUAUUUGUGCUCUUCGAUUUAUAGAUUUCGCUUUCUAGCUUUGGUAGUUGGGUAUUUCAUUUCUCACUUUGAUUCUGAUGACGAGGUCAUUAUGCAUCUUCGUUAUUUAUCAAACUACACUGAAUGUUGUGAGCUCGUCACUCUGAUAUGUAGUUUCAUAUUAUUAGAAUCCUUGAUGCAGAAAGUGGCGCCAACAGCUAAAAAAAGAGCUGCACCUAAAUGGGAGGAGGAUGAGGAGUUGAGUGACGCCUCCGAUCGUGACUCAGACGCAGACGAGGAGAAAGUAUGCUUCUUAACCCGCAAAUACUACUAUUUCACCAUUGUUCAUUAGCCCUAGAAUAGAAAAGAAAAUGAAUCAAAGCAUUUAUUGGAAUUCGAGUGCUUUGCCAUUAUAUGAGUCAUUAGAAUGUUAUUAUUUACGUUGAAGUUUAUAUCCUAUUGAAUGGGGUUCAACAAUCAUUCGGGUGCUUAUCUUUGAUUCGUGUCUGCUUAAUUUUUUGCAUCUCUGCAAUGUCUGACAUCAAGAAGGCCGACGCCAAAGUUUCUAAGAUGGAUGAAGGUCUUAGUGAUGAUGGUGUCGAUGAUGGCAGUGCUGAGGAAGGGUCCGAUGGUGAGCCCUCCGAAGUGCAAGAGUCGAAGCAGGUAAAACCUCAAAUAAGAUUUCAUUGAGGUGCGUCUGCUCUGCACGGAGAGAUCAUGCACAUCUUUGUGUUUGUGUGGUCUCUUCUAUUUCUUGGUCUUGUCUUAUUCGUUUGUUGCAUCUAUAAUCGAAUUCCAGUCGGCAGAUGAUUCUGAAGAGGAUUCCCCUGAUGAGGACUCAUCAGAUGAAGAAAGCGAAGAUGAGAAACCUACCAAGUCCCUGAAGAAGGUGAAUUACGUCCUGAGAACAAACGAUUUUUUUUUCACUUUGUUGUUUAUACAAGUUUUCCGCAGAUUUUGACAAUUGUAGUCAGAAUCGGCGUGCUUGUUCUUGCCCACGCUGCAGUCGCUUUCCAUAGAUGUAUCCUAAUGGCCUACUGAUUUGAAGUCAAAGAUACGCCGGUGUAUCAUGGCAAGAUAUUGAGGAAUACUCUGUCUUGAGCUGCUAUGAAAAUGAUUCUUUAAAUUCGAUGUUUACCAGAUCCAUGGUGAAUUUGAUGGAGCAGUAAAUUAAGGGCUCAUUUCUGCGCCAGCCAAUCAAUUAAUCGGGUUAAAAAUCGUUUAUCUUAAAAAUCCUAUCAUAAUGUCCUGCAACGAUUGGUAUUUGUGUGUGAACCUCUGAAACACACGCAUCAGUCUUUUUAAUCUCAUUGCUCAGCUGACUUGAGUAACUCUCGUGAAAUCAGAAAUAAAUCUUCGAAGUUUUUUUUCGUCUUGACAUCCUACCUUCCUGAUGAUAUGAAUUGAGGCUUGAAUGGUUUUCUUGUAGGCUAAAACCCCGGUGUCACAGUCGGGUGAGAAAACAAAGACCUUGUUUCUCGGGAACUUAUCCUUUGAUGCUGGUGAAGAUGACGUGUAUGUAGAAACCAACAGCUUCAAUGCCUGCACGUUAUAAUCUCCUAAUAUCUUUGAUUCACUGUGGUUUAUUAUUUCAGGACGGAUUUCUUCAAAGAUGUUGGUGAGAUCGUCAGCAUUCGACUGGCGAAAUCUGAGAACGGAAAAUCUAGAGGGUUUGGUCAUGUUGAAUUCGCCACAGAGGGAGAAGCCCGAAAGGUACGAACAUCAAAUCUGCGUUCAGCUCUAUAUAGUUCAUGAACUCUUCUACUUUGAGCUGUUGUGAAUGCGAUAAUCCGUCUAUAAUCGAUCUUCUGAUGUCUUCUAUUCAUGGGUGUUGUCUUAUCAAUUUUUUUUCGUGUAAUCAUAUGGGAGGCUCUUGCACUUAACGGGGAGGAGAUGCUUGGGCGCCAAGUGAAGCUCGAUUUAGCCCGCGAGAAGGGUGCAUCCACUCCACAGAGCGGGUACUGUCCUAUGAUCGACCUGCCUUUCCUUUUUCAUUUCUAGUAGGAUCGAUUUUCUAGGAUUUGUUUUCGUAGGAAAACUAUGAUUUUACAAUGAUAGCAGUAAUAGUUAUAAUUUUGCAUGCCCAGUUUUUCCUUUUUUGUAUUAGUGAAUGGUUUCUCUUAUGAUCAUGUGUAGAAGAACUAUUGUCGGGAUAACUGUAUGUUUAUGAUAAGCCUAUGGUCCAAUUCCCUAAGGAAGUCUCUGGUUUUUAACAAUGAAAGUGCUUAUCCAACACUUUUUUUAUCCUAAUAAUACUUUUUACUGUUUUGGAAUGGAUCGGCAGUUUUUCAGUUUUUUGAUAAAAAUAUAAGAUUUCUCUUACAGUCAUGAGUAGAAUUGUCCGGUUUAAGGCAUGCUGAUGAUAAACCGAUGGCCUUUUUUCUUAGGAAGUUGAUGGCUUUACAAGUACGUAACAUUCUUUGCCGGCUCUCAUUUUCUUGAUAACGUUAUUACUAGCAAUCUGGAGUGGAGAAAACUGCACAUUUUUUAAAUAAACGGUUUCUCUCAUAUUCAUUGCUAAGAAGAUCUUCAGACCAAAUUGGAACUAGAUUCUAUUUUCAUAACAAUUAUAUUGUUUAUGAUAUUAUUCGACUCUAUUUUUCCUGAUAAGGUGUUGAUUCUGGGUAAAUAAAAUUAUCGGUUUAAAUCUGCAAAACAUUCUUUUUUCGAUAAUCGGCAGUUAGAUCGAAUGUAAAUCCAGUUGACAGUUUUCUCCUAACCUUUAGGAAGAACAACUCUGACCAAAAGGUUGGAAGGGGAGGCGAGAGCCAGACAGUCUUUGUCAAGGGGUUUGACCGGUCCCUUGACGAAGAUCAAGUAAUUAUUCCCUCCCGCGGUAAGAUUAAAUCGAUCGUCGGCCAAGAACCCUAGUUCUCAAACCAUAUCUACUUUCUUGCAGAUCCGGACUUCCCUAGAGGAGCAUUUUGGUUCCUGCGGUGAGAUUACUCGGAUUUCUGUCCCGAAGGAGUAUGAGACCGGGGCCCCGAGAGGGUGGGUUAAUUGCGUUUAGUUGAUUUCUGGAUACAAUUCCUUCGAGAAUUGAGUCUUUGCGUUGACUUCGAUGGGCGAAUUCGUGGUCGCAGGAUUGCUUACAUUGACUUCAAGGACAAGGACGGCUUUGACCUGGCCCUGGAUCUCAACGGUUCUUCUCUUGGGGACCACCCCCUGACCGUGGAUGGAGCAAAGCCUAGGGUGGACGGCGGUGCUGAUAGGGGUCGUGGGGGCCGCGGCGGUAGAGGCCGGGGUGGCGGCGGCAGGUUUGGCGGCAGGGGUCGCGGUGGCGGCGGCAGGGGUCGUGGAGGCGGCGGCAGGGGUCGCGGGAGGCGUUGACUUUGACGCUCUUUAUGUGGUGGCUAAAUGUUAGGCGAUAUUUCCAAUUCUGAGUAUUUGUUGUUGUAUCUUUCCGAACAGUGCAAGUCGCCAUAAAUGUAUUCUGUUCCCGGCUUGAAUUAUUUUAUACCCAGCAAUGUCUCUAUGCUCGUAGUUAUUUAGAUUCGCAUGAGGGAAAGGGGGAGAAUUUACGUAGUAAGUUAUUUUUUGUACCACCGAUUAUAUAUAUGUAGAAGUAGAAACAAAACUAGAAAUGAUAAAAAUGUUCCCAAAACUUGAAGCCGAUUUUUUUUAUACCUUUUUAAGAUUUAGUUUCUGCUUGCGGCUUUAUUUGACUCCCCACCGGGGGGUGGAGAGAGAGAGAGAGAGAGAGAGAGAGAGAGAGACAAGAAGGCACGCUGGCGGUGGGGUAGAUCGUGGGUCGUCCGUUCGUCUUGAUUAUCGCCGAUAGAUCGGACGGCACAACUCGGUGGCCCGAGGUGUCAGGAAAUUCUCGCCCUCUUCUUAAACCCUAGGCCACGGUUAGGGUUUUUAGCACCAGCAGAAUCGGCGCCUCUUAGCGCCCCUGCAGAUACCACCUUCCCUCCGUCCCUGCUUAAACCCUAACUUUCUACUGUUCUUGCGGCUGCAGAGCGGGCGCCUCCUCUCCCGUCCAAUCUCUUCUGCCGACUUCUUUUCCUGGUAAAUCCAUCUGUUGAUGUAUCAGCUUCUGGGGUUUGUCCUCCGUUCUUCAUGUUUCGUAGGGAUAUGGAAGUCGGUCUUUCUCUCUCUCUAGCUCCAUCUCCAUUCAUCAAUCUGUUUUUUUUAUCGUCUUCUCGGAUUCUCGUGAUGAUAUGUAUCUGAUGCACUGCGGUAGCUCCUCGUUUCGUCUCAAAGUACGUUUAUUCCUGGUUUUCCGUGGGUUUUGGUUCAUGUGUACCUGACUUGUGUUAAAGCAGACCCAGGACUUGAUUUGAGCGUAGGGCUUGCAUGAUUAAUAUAGUCUCUUUCUUCCUCCCUCCUUUUUCGCGUUUAGGUGCCUUUUUUCAUUUCAGGUAUUCUAUUCCCACAGAAUAAUGCUUAUCUGUUGUUGUCUAAAUGACUUGGAGCAACAAUCAUACCAUGUCCUAUGUUUAUCUUUCCUGUGUAGAGCUUAUUUUUUGAAAUGUUAGCAAACUUAUGAAAUUUAAGUAUUUUUGUUUCUCCUUCAGUUCCUUGCGUAGUCCCAUUUAUACCAAGAUGGGCAAGUCGAGCAAGAAGUCCAGCAUGGAGGUAUUCAUUACCGCUUCUGUCAUUCUUUCUUUAUUACGUUAUAAUCCCUACCUCUUCCUUUGUACGAGUUAAUAUUAUUGUUUCGCCGCAGAUCGCUGCUGCUCCGGUUACACUCUCUCCUGCUAAGUCUGCCAAGAAAGGUUAAUAGAUAUCUCUUACUUCGUUGUUCAGUUUGUGCUGAAAAUGUCAUGUGUUGAUCUUGUUUUGGUUUGUUGCACAUGCUCAUGAAACCGUGUUUAUCUCGUGUAGGGAAGAGGGAUGCUGAGGAGUCCAUAGAGAACCCCGUUAGUUUAAAGAAGCAGAAGAAGGAAGUUGUCAAGGAAGUGCCUAAACAAGAGGAUAAGAAGACAAAGAGGACAAAGAAGACACUUCCUGUUGUUCCUCCGAAGGUGGAAAGCACUAGCUCAGAGGAGACCACAUCUUCAGAGUCUUCGGAUGAGGUGAGUUUGAAGGACUGGUGGCCUGUUGUCUGUAUAGAAUUUCUGCCCAUAUAUGCCUGUGAAAAUACAUGCCACCUCCUUAUUUAUUGCAUGAUGUUUCAGGAGCCUGUUUCUAAAGUUGUUAGCAAGCUGCCUGCUUCAGCUUCUAAAAACGGCUCAGUAAAGAGAAAGAAGGAAAGUAGUUCAUCUGAAAGUGAGAGUGAUAGUGAUUCUGAGGAAGAGAAGGUGAGUUAUGUAGUCAGAUCUUGUUGGUUUCUUUUUGUUCAAAAUUCCCGCUUCUGUUCCUUUUGAUUCAUGCUAACUGUGUAUUUUGUUCAAGAUAUUUGACGUACUGGGAAUCAUAUGAUAUCUAUUAAUUCAUAGAGUUCGCAGUUUGUGAAUAAGUUCUCUAUCAGUUUAUCCCUCUGCCUUUUUAUCUGCUUUUAUGUUUUUUUUGGGUGUUUGAGGAUCCGUUUUAUGCCAACUGUCUGUUUGUUUUUAUGAGGGUAUAUCCUUUAUGGUUGUCUGAGAACGUGUUUAUUCUCACUUUCCCUUAAGUCUAAGAUCUUCUCUUUACAUUAGACCAUUUACUCGCAGGCAAAGACUACCAAGACAACUCUACCAGUCAAAAAGCUUCCGACCGCAGCAGUGAAGAAUGGGACCGCAGUGGUUGCUAAGAAAGCUGAAUCAAGCGAUAACAGCUCAGAAGAUAGCAGCUCAGAAGAUGACACUGUAAGUUUAAAUAUUCUUUUAAUCUUCCCAUCUUAGUAAUUAUCAGCUUACAGCUGAGCAUGAUAUACGUGUGUGGAUGUAGUAGUACCUUUUAACACUUAAUUGAUUAAGUUGUAAAUACGAAAAUUUUCAGGGGAAAGUUGUUGCAGUUCCUGUGCAGUCUAAGCAACCAUCGAAAGCUCCCGUGUCCAUCUCAAAGAAGAAGGAAGAUUCUAGUGACAGUUCUGAAAGUGAUUCUGAAGAUGAGGUCAUGCCUCAUCUGCUUCUUAUCCAUUUACUUGAAGAAAAUUCAUGUGAACGUUAUUAUGCUGAUAUUUAGUAGGGUGUUGCUUCAUUUAUUUAAUACAGAAGCCUACUUCCGUCCCAAAGGCUGCUCCAGCAGCCUUGAAAGCUGCUGCAUCUAAGGAAGAGUCUAGUGAUUCCUCAGAUAGUGAUUCUGGCACAGACGAGGAUAGUGUUAGUUUCUUCUCCCCGGCUAGUAUGUCAGCACGUUAUGUCUCCACGUUGUCUUCUUAUUUUUUAAGGUCCCGUAUGAUUACACUUGUUUUCAGGUUCCUGCUGCCAAACCGGCUGCAAAGCCUGCACUCGCAAAAGGAAAAGAUACCAAGCAGGUAUUCAAUUAUGUUAUCUCGUGUUUUCUUUGCAGUUACUCCAGGGGAUAAGUUCAUUAAUGAGAAAUUUCUCUUUAUCUUCUCCCGCUGCUUUGACAGUAGCUAUUUUUAGUGGUGCAAAAUUUAUCUACGAUAGGUAUUCCUGGUGAUAUAAGGUUUCUAGGUCGUAGAAAAAUCACCCUUAUUUGAAAAAUUGUUUUCAGAUUUAACGAGGAUUUUCUUUCAUUGCCAAUCAAGUUAUUUGUUGAAAUUAUUGUUUGCAUUAUUUAGUAUCCGUAAUCUAAUCUUAUUUUGUUACUCUUUAAUGUUUAUUAUCUAAAGGCUGCCGCCAAGGUUGCUAAGAAAGACUCAAGUAGUGAUGAAGAGGAUGAUGAUAGUUCUGAUGAAAGCUCAGAUGAAGAACCUUCUAAAGUGCAACAGAUCAAACAGGUUUGAAGCCCAACUAAAAGUCUUGUGAGACGCACAUUAUAUAUAUGCAUAUAUAUGAUAAUGUUGAUGAUUAUGGUUUUGUAUGCCUUCGCUGUACUUUACAUUUAUAUUGGCUUUGAUAAUCUCUCGCUUUGGUCUUAUUAGCCUGCCAAGGCAGCUACUAAAAAUAGCAGUUCGGAAGAAGAUUCCUCAGAAGACUUAUCAUCAGAUGAAGAAAGUGAGGAUGAAAAGCCUCCUGCCAAAACCCCAAAGAAGGUGGCUGAUAUUAUUCCCCUAUUUAAAAUUUUAUUAGAAAUAUCAUCAUAUUUAAUUUAGCGCCUCCAAUAGCUGAGCUGAAUUCUUUUAAUUGUAUCAGGACACUGACGUGGAAAUGAAAGAUACACAAGCGGCCAAAUCCGAAAAGAAAGAGGUAUAUUUCUAUUUUCUAUUAUCGCUUUAUAUAUUUGUAUUGUGAUUGGGUAUGAAGCUCAGCUACUAAUUGAUUUUUGUAGGUCAAAACCCCUGCACCAAAAGCAAGCACAGGGGGAACCAAGACUUUAUUUGUUGGAAAUUUAUCAUUUGAUGCCGGGCAGGAUGAUGUGUAUGUGUACACCAAUUGACGACGCUUUCUAUUUAUCAACCACUGUCCUCUCCCCCUCCCCCAUUUGUUAUUUAUUUGUUCUUUUCUGUAUCAGAAAGGGGUUUUUCCAAGACGUGGCAGAGGUUGUUGACGUCCGACUGGCAUGCUCCGAGGACGGGAGCUUCAGGGGAUUUGGCCAUGUGGAGUUUGCCACUGAUGUGGACGCCGAGAAGGUAAGGACACCUAAUGAAUAUUGAUUGUUUAAUAAUUAUUUUUUUUGCAGGCAUAAGCUUUGGUAUAUCUCUGAUUUGUUCACUGAUUUUUUUGACGAAUAGGCGCUUGAGCUUAACGGGCAGGAGCUGUUUGGCCGCCAGGUGAGGCUCGAUUUGGCCCGUGAGAGAGGUGCUUUCACUCCGCAGAGCGGGUAUUGUUCUUUGUCUUGAAUUUUUUUCUUCGAGAUGUCUUUUUAAUGAAGGUUUAAAAUAAAUACGAUUGACAUGAAGAAGCUUACCAGUUUAUUGGGCCAUGUUAUGUCUGCAGGAGGGAUAACAAUAGCUACCAGAAGGGUGGUAGAGGUAGCGAGAGCCAGACUGUGUUCAUCAAGGGUUUCGACCGGUCCCUGGACGAGGAUCAGGUGAAUCGUUUGUGUUUUCAAAAUUUCGUUACUUAUUGAAUAUCUUCCUCAACCCUUGGUCUCUUCUUGUACUCUCUUCUUUGUCUGACUAAUCGUGUUGAAUAUCGCCCUGAACCUGAUCCUCGUCCCCUCUCUCUCUCUUCCCCUAUUUAAAUUUUGUUAAUAUCUCCCAUUUCUGAUCAUCAUCGAAGUUUCUCAUUUUUCUCGCUAAAUCUACUGCAGGUCCGAAGCUCCUUGGAGCAGCAUUUUGGUUCUUGUGGUGAGAUCACCCGAAUCUCCGUUCCCAAGGACUACGAGACCGGUGGCCCUAAGGGGUAUGAAAAUUCGCAAAGGAAUGAAUGUUCUUCGCCCAGUUGUUGGUGGCUCUCAUGGGUGGUUGGCGGUGGUGUGUGCCUCUUGCAGGAUUGCCUACAUUGACUUCAAGGACAAGGACGCCUUCAAUGGUGCCUUGGAGCUCAAUGGCUCGGCCCUCGGUGACUACUACCUGACGGUGGACGAAGCCAAGCCAAGGGGUGACAGCGGCAGCUUUGGAAGUGGCGGCUUCAGUGGCGGCGGCAGGAGCGGUAGCAGGAGUGGCCGGGAUGGGGGCAGCUUUGGAAGUGGCGGUCGCAGCGGUGGCCGAGAUGGGGGCAGGUUUGGCGGCAGGGGCCGCGGUGGGUUUGGUGGUGGUCGAGGCGGCGGUGGUGGCAGGGGCCGUGGCGGCGGUCGGACUCCUGGCAGGCCGAGCAUGGCCACCCCCGGCACUGGUAAGAAAAGGCCCCCUCCCAGAGGGCGGUCAUACCGUUCUUCGUUUCUUUGCCGCCUUGUCAAUCAUUUACCGAAAUUUCAUCUGUGCGUAAAUCUCCCUCCUCGCAGGGAAGAAGACCACCUUCGGCGACGACUAG